GCAAUGGUAGCGAAUCAGUCGCGACCAUCAGCUGAUGAUUGAACACGGAACUGGCUUUUCUUUCUUGGUAAUCGGUAUCUUGCUUUCUACUACCUGUACAUCACCUGAAAUAAGACAUAACACCACUGGUUGCAUACUUCUCUUUUGUAUAGAUAUUUUUUUCGGGAGUCAUUUAUUUGACAGGACGCGCUCCGGGAAGGAUGGCUGCCAUCAAGGCGCUUCAACAGUGGUGCAAACUUCAGUGCGAUGGGUACCGAGAUGUGGCUGUCAUCAACAUGACAACUUCUUUUAGGGACGGGUUGGCGUUCUGUGCGCUUAUCCAUAAGUACAGACCGGACCUAAUAGACUACGACUCCCUGAAUAAAGAGGAUGUUUUUGACAACAACAACUUGGCUUUCCGGGUUGCAGAGGACAAGCUGGGGAUCGCUGCUCUGCUGGAUGCAGAGGACAUGGUGGCCCUGAGGAUCCCAGACCGACUGAGCAUCCUCACCUACGUCUCCCAGUACUACAACUACUUCCACGGACGCAACCCUAUUGGAGGAGUGGGUGCUGUGAAAAGGCCAGCAGAGGGCUCCAAGGAGGAGCCGUGUGGAAAGAAGAAUCUCCCGGUGGUGGCCAAAACCAUAGUGUCUAAAAUGGCAAUAGAGAAUCGCCAACCUCCCUCUCUCAUGGUGAAAACCUCCCCCAAAGCAACCAGAGCUGCUGUUCAGAAGACUGAAGUUUUGGUGGAGAGGUCCAAUAAGACAAGCACUCUCAGCAGUAAAUGUGUUGUAUGCAAAUGUCACGUUCAUCUGGUCCAACGGCACUUUAUCGAGGGGAAGCUUUACCACAGGAGCUGCUUCAAGUGCAGUGAAUGCUCCAUCGUCCUCCUGGCUGGGGCCUAUAAACCAGGGAAGGAGCCAGGUAUCUUCAUCUGUAAUGAUGACCAGAACACUAAGAAUGGCUGCAACAAGCCUCCCUCUGGGAUUGUCAUAGAAACCGGAUGCCCAAGCGCCAAAGUUGAAUCCAAAAGUUACACCAGCAGAGUCCAGUCUGUCUCCUGCUCCACCUCUGUGCCUUCGACCCCCAUCGAGGUGGUCUUGAAGCCUGUGGAGACCACCACCCCAGCUCCCCAACCCUGGACCAGCUCGGCCAAGAGAACCCAGGCAGCACGGCAGAGGUUCUUCCAGUCAUCUACCUCAACCUCCAGCAGCCAGAAGCCCCCAGCCCCCUCAGGACUGCCGAGGGUACCCCUGAGUCCUGAGGAAGAGAAGAACCGAGCCAGGGCUGUCAUUACCCAGAAACUAGCUGAAGCGAACUGCAACAACAAUAACACCAGAUACUUUGUUAUCCGACCAGCAGAAAGGUUUGGAGAUGUGCUAAGCUCAGCUGACCUCCCCAGCUGGAAGCAGGCUAAAUGUGGGCCAGACACAGCAGGACAACUCUUCACCAGCAAUAAGGAAUUGCUUAACACCGUCAACAAAGCCAGCGCCAAACCAACAACUGUAUCCUUCAGCACCAAAGUAAGUGCAGACUGUGCAGAGGCUCCUGUUAACUGGCGAUCAAAGCUCAAGCCUGUUAAAAAUGGACCAGGACUGAAGACCUCUGACUCUGAGGACCAUGUGACCAUUGUUGAGCAACCCAAACCUGAAGCCAUCUCGAAGUCUUUCGCUACUAGUAUCAUCGUCAACAUCAGCUCUACCUCUCCUCCGAUUCCCCCAGCAGCCUUCAACCCUCCUCCACCUGGCCCGGUGUCUCACAGAGCUCCGUCUCCCAAGCAGCCCCGUUGCGACUCUGGAGGCUUGGGUACUAAAAAUGGGAAUUAUUCUACUCCUCUGUUGUCCACUCCUCCCCUGGUUCCUGUCUGGCACAGGGUUCCAACUCCCAAUAAGCCACACCACAGCUCUGCGGGAUCGGGCUCAACGGAUGUCAAUUAUUCUCCCCCUAUGUCUCCUCAACUGCCUCGCCAGGGUUCCACAAGCUCCAAAAAUGGGAAGUAUUUGUCACCCACAAACACCUCCCAGUCUGAAAUGAGGUCCCCCUCAUCCCAUCACAUCCCUAUGGACCAGAUAGUGAAGGAGCUGCGUGAGAUUGGAGACAGCCUGGGUGACUUGGAGAGGAAGGGAGUGGAGAUGGAGAAGAGGCUUCGCAGCUGUGAGGAAGAGGGUAAGGGGGACAUUUUGAUGGACCCUCUGAUGGUUGACUGGUUCAACCUGAUCCGAAAGAAGCAGACGUACAUUAGGAGGGAGUCAGAACUUGUGUACAUAGCGAAGACUCAAGACCUGGAGGGUCAGCAGCCUGGGGUGGAGGGUGAGCUGCGCAGACUGUUGGAGAAACCUGAUCAUCUGAAGUCUACAGAGGAGCGUCGGCGAGAGAACGGGCUGAUGGAGAGGUUGAUGGAGAUUGUGAACGGUAGAAACGCCAUUGUAGAAGGACUGGAUGAAGACAGGCUCAGGGAAGACAAAGAGGAUCAGCAGUUGAAUGAAAUGAUGCAGACUCUUGGACUUAAACAAUCCAAAAUCAAGAGGAAGUCUUCCUUCAAAAUGCUGUUCAGACAAAAAAGUAUUAAAAAGGUCACUGUGAGGGAUCCAGGGACUGCGUUUUGAUUGUUCUGCUCUGGGGGCGGGGGGCGGGAGGGGUCUAAGGUCUAAGACCAACUUUUUUUCAGCUACAUAUCACAUCAAGUUGGUGUUUCGUCGCGAAGGUUAGUUUAGAAAUGUGUUUUUUUCUUUGAGGAGACUCCAGGCUUUCACUCUUCAUUUAGUGUUGUUCUUGAGAUGGAUUUCAAUACACUUGACUGAUCAUAAUGUUCUGUUCCUUUUUGAGUUAGUGUAUAUCUAAGGGAUCACAAUUUAGCUCAUGGUUUGCUUAACUUUGUUAGUUUUUUUCCCCACAUGUCUAGGUUGGGAUUGUUAUGAAGAGGUGUUCAAGAGUCACUGUUAGCAUGAGUCCAAUGCAAAAUAAUGUAACUGGUAUUGUUGCACCGGAUAAUGGUGAAGGAGAAUCCAUAUCACUGUUAAAUUGUUUGUAUCAAAAGAGGAGCUUGCCUUUGAGUGAUGUUUUUAGCUCCAGUAUGUCCAAUUUAAUACCAAUGUCUUCUAUGCUUCCAAAAAGUAUGUUAUUACAAACGUCGAGUAACAUUUUGAGUGGAAUCUGUCUAGACCAGUGAAGUGGUGAGCAGCGUUCUACGCUACCUCAGUUGAAAGACUGUAUUUCUUCUGUUGUGCUGUAGGUGGCACCAUGGUUUUACCUUACACGAACCGGGUAGGAACCUGAAUCCAAUUCACCACAGUACAGACAGCUAAUUUUAUACGUGCUGAAAAAAGUUCCAACUCUGCUGAUGCAAUAACACUGUGAAAGCUUACGUAGAACAGUAGCUCAUAAACUAAUGGUUGUAUUGAGCUUUUAAUCUUAAACCUGGUUUAAUUAAAAAUAUUAGUAUAGAAUUAUCUACUGAAGCAUUGUUUAUGCCUGGUCCAUUAUUGCAAUGUUUUAAGUUAACAUUGUUGGCAUUGGAGUCAUCUGUGAGAAUGCUGUUUGAGGUAUGCACAGGUCCCAAUGUCUCGUGACUUUUUAAAAUUUGGAAGAAUGUUAAAUGAAUGUGUGCAUAAUGUGUAUUUAUAUUUUUAAUUGAGUUUGCUGUCCAAUAAAUAAUUUGAACAUCCUUGGUUUUGAAAACACUCAUAUCUAACUUUUUAAUGUCUUGUAGAAUUUAACUGUAGGCCUUUGUUUUAAACGUCAAGCAAUUCUCGGCCAUGAUAUUUUAGUUUCAAUUAACGUGUUCCUUGAUAAACUGUAGGGGAUGUUUUUUUCAAUAUGAUUUGAUUUCUUCACAUAUGAGACUGUUCAGUUCCUAAUAAAAAAUCUAAACCGA